UAUAACCAAUCAUCAAUCUGUGUCGACAGUUUGGUCCUACUUGAUGCAAAAAGACUUGAUCAUGGUCCACUUCCUUAGACAUCUGCCUUGGUCAUGGCUGUGGGACAAAUACAAGGGAGAGAGUGGGCAUGGAGAAGAGGAGGGUGGGCAAAUCAGUCAGUGAAAUACUCCAUAAAGGCCAAACAUUCCUCAGGCUCUUGAGUUCAUUCAUUCGGGGCAUUCCAUAAUGGCAGACGGCCAAAACUCAACCGAAGCAAUCAUCAUGUCUGCACUCUCCACCCUUUCCGCUACCCAAAUCUCACACCUGACUCGCUGCGUUUACUCGAUUCUCCGCUACCACCACCUCCGCCUCUCCUCUCUUCUCUCCUCCCCAACUAUCUUCGCCCACACCCUCCACCACCUCCACUCCAUCUCUCUCCCCCAUAAAACCCUCCUCAUCGCCCGCCACCUCCUCUCCACCCUCCAUCACCUCACCCGCUUCUUCCAGUCCACCGUCCCGCCUCCAUACUCCCGCACUUCCCUCAAAUUGCGUGACCUUGACGCCGUCUUGCUCCUCCUCCUCCUCUGCCAGCUCCGCCAGCACGACCCUCAAGCCCUCGAAACUUGCCCAUCCGAGUGGCGUACUAUUCUCUGCACCCAUUUCUCCAAAACCAUGUUGUCGCUUUCGGGCACUGGAGCGACCAGCGGUGCAGUUCUGAUUCCGUACAUCGAGGUCGCAGCACGGUGCCGGAGGUUCGUUGGGGCAGUCCUGAGUGGCGGCGGCGGCGGGGGAGGAGAGAAGUUGGGGAGGGAGGUGGGGGCAUCGACAGCGUCGGUGGUGGCUCUGCCGUCGGUCGAAGUAAGAGGUGGUGGAGUGGAGUGCGUGAUCUGUAAAGAGGAAAUGCGGCAAGGCAGAGAUGUGUGCGAGUUGCCAUGUGAGCACCUGUUCCACUGGAUGUGCAUUUUGCCUUGGCUGGUCAAGAGGAACACCUGUCCUUGUUGCAGGUUCCAGUUGCCGUCCGAUGAUGUGUUCGCAGAGAUCGAACGGCUCUGGGACGUUGUAGUGAAGUCAAGCAGUGUGAAUCCUCAUGGUGAAUGUACAUGAUGGGUUGAGGAUGCGGACUCAGCUGAUGUAAAGUACACGUGUCAGAAAAUGUUGUAUAUGAGGAUGAAGGUUACGAGUGGGAAGUGGGUGGGGCCCGCUGCUGGAAAUGAAUGGGUGGUGAUGGAUGGGCUAUAUAUAAUAUGAGUUGUGGGAUGAUAGAUAACACGUCCUUUUUCCUAAUAAAUACCGAAUAAGGCACAAGGCAUUUCCUGUUUCCCGGUGUCGGGGUUUGUGGUCAGGGCUAUGGCCAAAUCUUCUUUUCUUUUCUCGUCUUUUUAUUCGUUUCUUGGAAAGAAAUUAAUGAGGGAGAAUGACAUGGUGACAUAGGAUACUGAAUGUUAAAUCAUUUGGGGGUUAGUUGCCAGAACCGCACCAUCCACAAUGAUAAUGGUUCAAUGGCUAUGUUCCUCUUCGCGUGGAUGCCCCCCCUACCAUACUCUUUCCAUCUUUGUUUCUACGCUACAUAUAUAAACACUAUAAUAUUCGCUGUUAUUUUCUGAA